GUAAAAGCAACUUUUAGUGGGAAGUAAUGCAGAUUCAAUACGUACAGCUCAAGUUUUGCACUGCGCAAGAUGUGGUUUUUGCUUAGGAGAAUUCCCCUCUCAAGGUGUGGUUUACAUCCGUGGUAUCUUGCAGCAUCACCAUGUUGGUGAGAGUGAUGGUUCUUGUUCCCACUGCCAAGUCACAACUUGCAGCAUUUGAGAUAAACCUACAUCAGCCCUGUCACCUCAGUAGCAAGCUGGGGCUUGGAACUAUUUGGAGUUACUGCUUGAGGAGGGAAAGUGUCAUUUUCUACAGAGAAAGACAGAGGUCUAUAGCUGCAGGCAGGCAGGACUGUUCUCUUCAAAUAGCUUUUGCUGGAACUCCCAUGUUUCCUAUAGAAGUGUAUUCUUACCUUUUCUUCAGGUUCUUUUGUCAUGUAUGAAACUAUAGCAACAAUUAAAUCCAUGUUUCUUUGUUCUCUAAAUGUUGCAUUUCUGCCUUGCUUUGCUUCUUAUGAACAUUUAAGUAAAGCUUUACCCGGAACAUUAGAAUUUAAAUGGUUUUAAACAAAGCAGAAGCUCUCAUUCUCUAGCUUACAAGGAGUGAUCGAAUGCUGCGAAUGCUGCGCUUGCUCCAGAUUCUUACUGUGAACUUUACCUGGACUUUAAAGGUGCUGAAUGUGUGGUUUUACUUGCAUUCCUGGGCAUAAUCAGGAUGUACAGUAGUGCACGGCUGUCCCGGUAAAAUGGCACAAUGCAUCUGCUGCCUUAGUAAAAUGUUAAGGAUAUCUUUACAGAAUUGGCCAAAAAGCUCAGUGUAAAAAGGGAAGCAGGAACGCAUUGACUCUAACGCUCAGCUCCAUGCUCCCUGCCAGGACCCACACCUUUUUGGCAAAGAAGAGGUUAUACUAAAAAGAUAUUUGAAGUCCUGGAAAUGGUAAUUUAGAGGAAGUGCUGGAUGUACUAAUGGAAAAGAUUUCUUGUCCUCCAGCCCCUUUUACCUUAGUAAAUUAUCAUUUAAAACUUGAGUGAUGACACUGGGCAGAGGUGUCUGCAGGAGUAUGAAUGAAUUACUGCAGCUUGGUGGUUCUGAUUGCCAGUUAGAGGAGUACUCCUCUGACGUACGCUGGGAUAUUUGAGAAGAUAUCUUGGCCCCAGUGAGCUCAAUGAAGAUUUGCUACUGACUUCUUUAUUGCUUCUAUUUACACCUUGAAAGCUGAAGCUUGCUUACCAAUCUCCAGAAUCCUAUUUCAGACAACGCAGAGAAAUUCUAGCAGCCUCAGAAAAAGAAGCUAAUGAGGGUUGGCUUUUUAAAUGUAAAAUGUAUGUAUGUACAUUUAUAUACUUCUAUAUAAAAUACCAUAGUGAUUGGACAGAAAGCAUAUGCAAAAAAACCAAACCCCUAGUGUCACUCUUUGUUAUGUGGUAGCAUCGCAUUUGGGUGAAAUUCUGUUCUCAAGUAGUGCUCAAGGGCUUUAAUGUCAGAAAAAAUACACUUUCAAGUGUCUGCCUUGCUGAAAUGUCAUAGUUAGCGGGGUUUCAAUGAACUUCACUUUCUGUUAUGUGCACUAUAAAAAAGAUAAAUGAGGAAUGCCAGAGUAUACAAUUAACUCUGAAAUUUGAAGGCCUACUAUGGGAGGUUAAAGAAAGCUUUACUUCUAGCUGUCCUUUAUUUAAAAUGUCUAAUCUGAGGAAUACGUUGUCCACAACAGGUGUUAGUGAUAGAGUGUGCUUGCAGAAAUGUGUUUUCUCCUAAUUUUCUCUGUUUUCUAUUCUUAAUUGUGCUGUAAAAGCUGACGUAGUAAUUCCACCUUGGGGGCAUAGUUGAGUAAUCCUACUUUGCCAGUAGUGAAAGAUAUGAAUAGAUUCAGAUGUUCAAAUCUUGGCCACCCCCCUGAAUGGUAAGGGAGGUCUAUGCAUGUUGCUACAGUGUAACACAACAGCCAGGAACAGCAGGUAAAUAAGAAUCUCUUUCUCUACAACUUUCCUGUAAGUGGCAGUUCCUAGGGUUUACACACAUCACAUGCCUUCUGCCAAGUAUGCGAAUGAGGUUUUAAAAAGUAACAUUAAAAACAGGCAGUUUAAAAAAGAAGAACUAAGGUAUUGUACCUGAAAUACUUCAAAAAGCACAUCUCAAAUUAUAAAACGCUUUUGAUAAAUAUUUUCUUUGGGGGUACUUCUAAGUUGUGGGUUAAAAUUGUAUACAUGUUUGCAAAAUAUAAGGGAGCAUGGCUGCGUUCAGCUCACCUGUGUACAUUGAAAGUACGAGAAGUCUUUUUGCUGUGAUGUAGAAAUGAAAUGCUUGGCAUAAAGAAGAGGAAUGAAUGAAUUUCACAGUUAAUUUGUCGUUCUUUUGGAAGCUUGAAAUGGAGUAUGUAGGUUAUGUAGAGGUAAGUACUCUAUUGGAAAGCCAUGGGAAAUCUUAACCAGAAAGCUAACCAUUACAUUAAUUAGGAAGAUGCCCUUGUUUGAAUUAGCACAUUCAUCUGAAGUCUUGUCAUUCACUUGUGUUCUUCUGAAGCAGUUGAUAUUAAGUCAAAUAGUUGAGCUUUAUGACAUUGUCCUUUGCAAUAUUUUUUCAGUUUUGUGAAUAAUGCAUUUUUGAUGAAGAGCUUUCUCUCAUGUAAGAGUUGGGUCAUAAUAUCUUGAGUGAAAGUUUACCUUAAGGUAGGUCUAGAUAUCCUUGGUAAUAUUGUUUUCCCACUAUAAAUGUUUAAAAUAUAUAUCAACGAUAGGAAGUGAUUCUGCUGUUUGUUAAAUAUCACCCUUUUCUCACAGCACUCUUAAAUUUCUUUCUGAAAAUAAAUUUGUGGUGUUAUUGUUCUUUUCCCCUCAAAGGCUACUGCAGUUUCUUUGAUACUUUCAGGCUGUAGCUCAUAAUGUGCACUGAGGAGGUUAUUUAAGGCUCUUUCCUGUAUGCAGUAUUUUUUGAGCAGACUGAAAUAAGUUGCAAGUAUGUGAUCCAAGGGGCCUGAAGUCUUAACCCUGAGUUAAUACAAAAGAGACAUCUCAGUUGUGUAGCUUUUUUCCUCAGCUAUUAAGAAAGUAUAGGAUAAGAGGGGUGUUUUUGCUGUGUUAUUUCAUCUUAAAAUCUUAAUUUUAAGAUUACACCAUUGGAUUAGUGUUCCUCAGGUGUCAUUUUACAGGUUUGAAAAAGAGGAGCAGUAGUAAAGGAGAGCUGUACCUCUAAGGAAUUAAGGAGAUUGAAAUAUAUCAUGGGUGGUUCUGAAAACAGCUAGCUUUACUCCUCAGGACAAACUUAUCUCCUUAGCAGAAUGGGAUUCCAUAGGAGUGCUAGGCCGUUCAUGUGAUCUGCAUGUGGUGUCUGCACAGCUGGCAGCCCUGAGGUGAUCAAAUUACCCGAGACCUCUGUGGGGGUUGGGAGGGAAGGAAUAAAAUCCCCCAAGAAGGAUGAGAAGUUCCAGUGGUGGAGGAGCAGGAUGGCCAUACUGAGGCUUUUGCCUCACGCAAGUGAGGCAAACUUCUUUACGUACAAAUGUUAAGAAUAUCUACAAGACUGACCUUUUUUUUUCUUUCUUACCUCUGUAGUUUAAGGGCAAUUUCCCAGAAAUAGUAGAGAGUACUGUGCAUAGCUUGGAUUGUUAGAAAUACCUUCAGAUGAAUUGCCAUAUCAGCAAUACUCAGGGUUGGGGGUUCAUCACUGCCUUGUCUCUGCCCAGAAUGCUGCUUUUGGGAAGGUGGUUGGGACUGCAGUGACAGGAGAGGCCUUGUGUUACAGAGGGCAGGUUCUCCUGUGUCCCAUUGCUGUCCCUCACCCUGGCUGACUGAACAGAACUGGUAGAGGGAAGUCCUGACUCUUGUAUUUACUACUUCUGAUCCCUUCUGUUGUCAUUCCGAAAGGGCUCUGUUCGCACUUGCUCCUGUGUCUGAGUGUUAGCAGAGACCUGUCUGAGCUGCUGCUUUCGCAGCUCAUAAAUCCAAAUGAAGUGCUUCCAAAGAUAGGCUGCUGAAACAGCUUAAUGUUUUAAAAUUUGUUAUAAAAACCUCUGUUUUCUCCUUAACCCUGAAUACAGGGGCAUACUUUUGAAUUAGUUUUUAGAUAGAGAAAACAAUCAGAGGAUUUAAAGAGCAGAGGAUUGCCUGUAAGUGUUGUACUUGGAUUAAUCCACUCAAUAGAUGAAUGUGUCACUUGCAUUCUGUAGACUGCUGCUUUACCUGAAACAUGGCUGCUUCUGGCCUACAAGGCACGUUGUCCCUUGCUGCUUUAGAAUUCUGGUGCCGCUGCUAUGACAGUAGGCAGGGUGAGGUUGUAAGAAGGUGACUGCAGGCAUGUGCACUUGUGCUAGCUUUGUUAGAUGUCAUGUCUGAAGGCUUUCCUUUCUGUGGUGUUUGUACAGGUCUGGUGUAAUGAGGCCCAAAUCUUUCAUGGCCACAUGGCAGCUCUACCUGGUAAAUUGUAACUGAAGUGUAAAUAGAAGAUGUUUAUGCAGUCUGUUGUGAUUUUCAUCUGCAAUUUGCUAAUAUUGAGACUUUCUGUAGGGCUGUGACUGGAGAGGGAAGAAGACUGGUAAAGAAGCAAUUUACUAUGUUAUUUGUGAUAGUAUUUCCAUCAGUAGAAACAAGGAACAUGAGCUACUGAUCCAUCCAUAAACAAAAAUAUGAGGAAAUAUAAUACCCUGAAAAUCCCAUCUCAAAGCCAAAGCACUACGUUUGCAAAUGGGAAUGAAAUAUAUACUUCUCUCCUUUCCAGAACUGACUUAUCUUUUUUUUUUCUUUUUUUCUGCUGUUCAUCAAAAGACACUUCAUUUGGGCAUCAUGCCACAUGUACUGUCUGUCAGCAGUGCUAAAACUGUCUGCUAGUCGAGUGAGUCUUCUCAGCAUGUACAGCUGUAACUUAACUCUGUUACACUGUGUGGAAGUAUUUGUGAAGACAUCAGCCAUUCACAACUAGCCUAACACCUGCACUUAUACAUAUCUAGUAACUGGAUACAUGCACAUCAUAAAGAAUCUGAGCAAAACCUUGCCAGUGGCCAAUACAUAUGAAAAGUAUUGGGGAUUCUAUCAGAAAUUUGGAGGUGAAAGCUUCCCCAAAGACCAUGUGAAAAAAGCUAUUGCUGAAAUUGAAGAGAUGUGCAAUAUUUUGAAAAAAGAAGGUGUAAUUGUCAAGAGGCCUGAUCCAAUUGACUGGUCUGUGAAGUAUAAAACUCCUGAUUUUGAAUCUACGGGUAUGUAUGCUGCCAUGCCAAGAGACAUCCUGCUGGUGGUAGGAAAUGAAAUCAUUGAAGCGCCUAUGGCUUGGCGUGCUCGUUUCUUUGAGUACAGAGCAUAUAGGCGAAUAAUUAAAGAUUACUUCAACAAUGGUGCUAAAUGGACAACUGCUCCCAAACCCACUAUGGCAGAUGAGCUCUAUGAUCAGGAUUAUCCUAUCCGCUCUGUUGAAGACAGACAUAAACUGGCUGCUCAGGGAAAAUUUGUAACUACUGAAUUUGAGCCAUGCUUUGAUGCUGCUGAUUUCAUUAGAGCUGGAAGAGAUAUCUUUGUUCAAAGGAGUCAGGUUACAAAUUACAUGGGCAUUGAAUGGAUGAGGAGACACCUUGCACCUGACUACCGAGUGCAUGUAAUAUCCUUUAAGGAUCCCAACCCUAUGCACAUUGAUGCCACGUUUAAUAUCAUUGGACCUGGUCUUGUGUUGUCCAACCCAGACCGUCCGUGCCAUCAGAUUGAGCUCUUCAAGAAAUCAGGCUGGACAGUGAUUCAUCCACCAGUGCCACUCAUCCCAGAUGAUCACCCACUGUGGAUGUCUUCCAAAUGGCUUUCCAUGAAUGUCCUAAUGCUGGAUGAGAAACGUGUGAUGGUCGAUGCCAAUGAGACUUCAAUUCAGAAGAUGUUUGAAAAUUUGGGCAUUUCUACAAUUAAAGUGAAUAUUCGCCAUGCCAACUCUCUGGGAGGUGGUUUCCAUUGCUGGACAUGCGAUAUCCGCCGCCGUGGUACCCUGCAAUCUUACUUUGACUAGUCACAAGGCAGCUAGGCAGCAAUGGUUUAGCUUCAAAAAUAAGCAUAGGGAAUGAGCUCAUGCAACCUUGUUAACAAAAUUGAAAUUAAUUUGUUCUAGUGCUUUAUCAGUGGUGUCCUUACAGUGGUCUAGGGAGUGAUUUGUUCUUAAGUGCUCUUCACUUUAAGCAGCAUAAUUGAAACAACUUCCAUCAGCAAUGCAGACUUUCAGGCUGGCUUUUUGAAAGACAUCCUUUACCUGUGAAGCCUUUUCACAUUGGCUUUGAAUGUAAAGACUUGACAAGACAGCUAAAGGCCCUUGCUAGAGGAGCUUGGUCACUAACACUGGACAUCUACCUCUGUCUACUGCUCUAUGAAAUAGGCAGCUUGAAAUGUUAAGCUUGAAUUAACAUUUCUUAUUCCUUUUUAAUCAGUUUAUUAUUCUAAUAUGUUAGUGUUUAAUGCAGUUAAAACAGGUGCAUCUGUACAGAUUUCUUAUAGAUCUGAGUAAUUUCAAAAUGCUUUUCUUGUUGGACCAUACAGAGAAUUUCUAGUAUGAUCUAACUUUAAAACAUUAUUUUUAUUUACUUGUGAUGUCCUUCUGCAUUUUCUUCUAACACAUUUGUCAUGCAUCUGAACACAUUUUUAUAUUACCUUUUGUAUUGCUGAAAUAGGUUCUUUUAUUUAACUUUUUAAAGUAUAUAAAUGAUAGCUAGUAGUCUUCAUCUACGGGUUUUACUGUGAAUUGUUUACAUAACUUAAAAACAAACAAACAAAAAAAACUCACAAAAAACUGAAAGUAAAAAGAAAACAGACAAAAAAACACAACAUGUCUCCCAGCUCAAACCUCCAACACUCUAACAACCUCCCUCAACAGUAGCAGGUACAGAAAUUUGAGUCUUGAUUACUGAAUAUGUACUUUUUAUGCUAAUAAACGUUUUUGCCUUC